CUUAGGGACGACGGCGUUGUUUACAAAGCUGUCAACAAAGUCGAUCUCGGUCCUAACUCCGGCGAAGUCUACCUUCAUGCCGACGUCAAAGGUCUCUUCAAGUCAAUUUCAAUUCAAUUUCAUGACUACACACACAUAUGUACUGAAAUUGAAUAGAUAAUUGGCAAUAAAGAAGGCGAUGAUGGAUAUAUGUGUAUGGAUAAAACAGAUUAACAUCCUAAAUGUGUGAUUAUAGUUGCAUAUAUGUAUAUCAUCAUCUCCUCGAAUGGCGGGACUUUUCGCGAAGGUGUUCGUGUGGUUUUUGGAGAUGAAGCUAAUCGGCAACAUCUUGCUAUAUUUUCUGAAGAAGAAUAACCGAAUUCAAAGUCUAGUUUCAUAUGGAGUGUUGGAAGAGUCACCUCUUUAUGUUCCUUUGCACACUUAUGAAGACGUUGAAGAAGAAGAAGUAAAAUGCCUAGAUCGUGGUAUGUCACCAGCAGAACAAGUUCAACAUGCCAUGGACUGUUUGCAGUCUUCAGACACUGUACUUCAUGAUUCAUCCUUCAGUUUUUGCCGAUGGACGAUCUUGGAUUACUCUAGAGCUUAUGCAAAGCGACAAAUAACUCCUCUUGUGGUUGCAGAGCGAUUAAUAUCAGCCGUCGUGCAAUCCUCUAGUCCAGGGAUGGAUAUGUCAUUCUUCAUUAGGUAUGAUGCUCAGGAUAUUCUAAGGCAGGCUGCUGAGUCGACUCUACGGCAUGAGAGAGGUGAAUCAAUUUCAGUUCUAGAUGGAGUCCCCAUUGCUGUCAAGGACGAAAUAGAUUGCAUGCCACAUCCAACUACCGGAGGUUCAAAGUGGUUGCAUAAAGUAAGACCUUGCAAAGAAGAUGCCUGUUGUGUGAAGCGCCUGAGAUCAUGUGGUGCCAUACUUGUGGGAAAAACAAAUAUGCAUGAGCUCGGUGCAGGAACCAGUGGGAUAAAUCCUCAUUACGGGAGUGCACGGAACCCAUAUGAUCCCAGACGUAUUUCUGGUGGUUCAUCUAGUGGAUCUGCUGCUGUUGUAUGUGCAGGACUGUGCCCAGUGGCCCUCGGUGUUGAUGGGGGAGGAUCUGUGAGAAUGCCUGCUGCUCUUUGUGGUGUUAUUGGUUUAAAGCCGUCUUUUGGGCGCAUACCACACUCAGGUGUUCUUCCCUUGAACUGGACAGUUGGAAUGGUCGGAAUACUAGCAGGCACAGUUGAGGAUUCCCUAAUCGUUUAUGCAGCUAUCAGCGGCCAAGCUGAAUCACACCAACCAACCAUGCCUAGAGUACAUUUGCCAAUGCUGAAGCCUUCUAAUAUGUCUCGUAUCACGCUGGCUAAAUCUAAUGAGUGGUUCAACGAUUGCUCUGAUGAUAUUAGAGCUUGCUGUUUACAUGCUUUGGCUAGUCUUCAUAAGUCGUACGGAUGGGAGACUUAUGAAGUGACUCUACCAGACAUUGAAGUCAUGCGUUUGGCACAUUAUGUUACGAUUGGUUCAGAAUGUUCAGCAUCUAUUGCUCAUCAUUUAGAAAAGAUGGGGAAGUCAGUAUCAGGGUGGGAUGUAAGAGUAGCACUUUCUAUAUAUGGAUCUUUUGACAGUAGGGAUUACUUGAACGCCCAGCGGAUCAGAAACCGUCAAAUGAAGUUCUAUGAAACGAUUUUCAGACUGGCCGAUGUCAUUGUUUCACCUAUGGUUGGUGUAACGGCAUAUGAAAUAAAGGAAGAUGCUCAAGAGACCGGUGAACUUGACUACGUUAAUGGAGCUGCACUCGUUCGAUAUUCAAUAGCUGGAAAUUUUCUUGGGUUCCCUGCUGUGACUGUUCCGGUCGGAUAUGACAGACUCGGGUUGCCCAUUGGGAUUCAGUUUAUCGGGAAGCCAUGGUCUGAAGCUAAGUUGAUCCAGAUAGCUUACGCCAUGGAGGCGUUGUGCAAGGCCGAAUACAAGAAGCCAAAGGUCUUCUACGAUUUACUAGGUGAGAGCUGAUGGUGUUAGAGAUGAUCAACAUACAAGUCAACAACAGCCAUUGUAAAAAAUUGACAAAAUACACGUUUUUUUGUCUAAUUUUAUAGAAUGUGUGCAGGAUCGAUCUCUUGAUCUGCCACAAACAAGUAUGUAAUAGGUUACAACAUACAUUUUCUUUUUCAUGUGUGUAGUUUGUUUGCUAGCUUUGUUUAUCAUGCUUAUAUAUUAAUUGGUAAGACUAUUCCAUUGUCCAUAAGCAAUUUGAUGUUAAGUUGUGUCAUAUUUUGGAUUGA